GUUUCCGUCGAGAUGUGUUGAUGUGGCUGGAUUCCAGAGUCUGCUGCUGCAGUUGAACCGUAAACAAACAUCAUGGAUAACUCCAGUAAAGAAAAGGAGGCUAUGGCUCUCAUGGCAGAGGCCGAGAAGAAAGUCAAAUCCUCGCAGUCGUUCUUUGGCUCUCUGUUUGGGGGCUCUUCAAAGUUGGAGGAUGCCUGUGACAUGUAUGGAAGAGCAGCAAACAUGUUCAAGAUGGCCAAAAACUGGAGUGCUGCAGGUAAUUCCUUCUCCCAGGCAGCUCUUCUACACCUGCAGAUGCAGAGUAAACAUGACGCAGCCACAAACUUCAUUGAUGCCGGCAAUGCCUUUAGAAAAUCAGAUCCCCUGGAGGCCAUAAACUGCCUGAACCGGGCCAUUGAGAUCUAUACAGACAUGGGUCGAUUUACAAUUGCAGCAAAACACCAUGUCACCAUUGCCGAGAUAUACGAGAGCGAACUGGUUGACAUUGACAAGGCCAUCGCUCACUAUGAACAGGCAGCAGACUAUUAUAAAGGCGAGGAGUCCACCAGUUCAGCCAACAAGUGUCUUCUCAAAGUUGCCACGUAUGCAGCUCAGCUGGAGCAGUACCCCAAAGCAAUUGAGAUCUAUGAACAGGUUGCAACACAUGCAAUGGACAGUAAUUUGCUGAAAUACAGUGCAAAGGACUAUUUCUUUAAGGCAGCUCUAUGCCACUUCUGUGUGGACAUGCUUAAUGCUAAGCUUGCCCUCCAGAAAUAUGAGGAAAUGUUUCCAGCUUUUUCAGAUUCACGUGAAUGCAAAUUAGUGAAGAAACUUUUAGAGGCCUUUGAAGAACAGAAUGUGGACACAUACACUGAAGCUGUGAAAGAAUAUGACACCAUCUCUCGUCUGGAUCAGUGGCUCACCACCAUGCUGCUGCGUAUCAAGAAAACCAUACAAGAUGAAGAAAGUGACCUUCGCUAAGACCUACUUCCUCUCCUGUGGCCCAGCUCCUAUCCAUUACGCUCACUCUCCCUUGUGCCUUAAACACUAUGACCCUCCGUGACUUCAGAAUGAUGGUCAACUAUCACCAUCGUAUUCUCUAUUUUACCACCAGCUCGGUGUCUUAAAGGGAUAGUUCACCCAAAAAUGAAAAUUUUGUAAUCAUUCAGUUCCUUUUUAGUUUAUUUUAUCCACAGAACACAAAAGUAGAUGUUAGGGAGAGUCUUAAACUUGGUCACUAUUAAAAUGAUCUAAAUAAGGAUGAUUUAAUCUUGACAGCAUUUACAUUUUUGGGUGAACUAUCCCUUUAAAUUCUGUGUUUCAUCUCAGACCUCUCUCUCACACACACACAAACAUGAUACGGCAUGCUGCUCAGUCAUGGACAGGGUUAUACUUCCAGACCUCAAAGAAUACUCAAUGAAGAAAGGCUGGUUGUUGAAAAUGGGAUUUGAUGGAGCAUUGGAUGGGGACUGAAAGCAGCAACCAGUAGUAAUAUGAGGUGCUGUGCACACCAGGCUUCAGAAGAGGAGCCAGUGCCUUUUGCUCUUCUGAAACAGAGCAUCUGUAUUGUUGUGCAGUGUGCACAAAAGCCUUUGUUCAUUCUAUCAUGCACUAUAGUAAAGGCAUAUAUUUUUAUUAUUAUCAGAAAUAUCACCUAGCAUAUUUUGCUGUUUCCUGCAUAGACUAACCUUGGGGAAAAUAUUUGAAACUCUAUUGUAAAAUUUUUUUUUUUACAUUAUUUUGAAAUAAUGAUAGAAAAAGUGAGUAAAAGGAUGAUUCAGUCCAUACCUUGUUGAAAUGAUGCUUCACCUUUUGAACAUUUCUCAUGAUUGGGUUAUCAAAUGCUUUUAAUUCUUUCUUAAUUAUUAAUUAUGUCUUGCUAUGAAUGCAUGGUCCUCUUUGAAAUUCAAUUCUGAACUACUCUAGGCUUAUUAGAGUGAUUUAGUUUCUUAUUAAAGUAUAUACUUUAUGAUCUUUGAAAUAUUUUGACAUUUGUUGUUAAAGGGGCAGUUCACCUUAAAAUGAAAGUUCUCUCAUCAUUUAUUCACCCUUAUGCCAUCUCAGAUGUGUAUGACUUUCUUUAUUCUGCCAAACACAAAUUAUGUUUAGAAGAAUAUCUCAGCUCUGUAGGUCCAUACAACAAGUGAAGGGGUACCAAAACUUGGAAUCUCCAAAAAGCACAAAGGCAGCAUUAAAGUAAUCCAUAUUACUCCAGUGGUCUGAGUAAUCCAUGUCUUCAAAAGUGAUAUGAUAGGUGUGGGUGAGAAAUAGGUACUGUAUUUGUCUUUUAUUUUUUUACUAAUAACUUUUUGCCCAGAAGUUGGCGAUAUGCAUGAAAAAUGCGGUUAGAUUAAAACCAAAAAAGCUGACUGAAAGUGGAGAAUGAUAUUAAAAAAAAUAAGAUAAUAUUAAUAUGUUUCUCACCCAUACCUAUUAUAUCACUUCAGAAGACAUUAUAAUCCGCUUUAUUGCCAGGUAUACUUACACAUACAAGGAAUUUGUCUUGGUGACAGAAACUUCCAGUACACAACAAUACAAUACAGCAACGAGACAUGGAUAAUAAUUCAAAUUGAAUAAAUAAAAAUGUAAUAGAAAAUGAAGUAUUAAUAGAAUAGACAAUAAGACUAAUAUAUAUAUAUAUAUAUAUAUAAAAUAAUACGUUCAAAACACUUGGAGCGCAAAUUUGCACUAAGGGAUCUCAAGAUGUGUUCAGUAUUAAACUAUAUUUAACUUAACACAGUGACCUG